AUGAAAUCGGUCACUCUUUUUGCCGUUCUGGCAUCACUGCCUAUCGUAUUCGCUCAAUCCAGUUCCAGCAGUGUAGCUGCAGCAGCAGCGGUUUCGUCGUCAACAUAUCUCCCACCCUCAUCAGUAGCUUCCGUUCCACUUCCCAGCAUUUCGCCAGUAGGAAACUAUUACUAUGCUGGGUGCUAUCUCGAACCUCCAAAUGCAAGGAUGCUGCCUUACCUCGUCGUGGCCGCCGAUAACAUGACUCUGGAGAUGUGCUCUUCGAAUUGUGCGGGGACGUAUCAAUACUGGGGCGUUGAAUAUGGACGUGAGUGUUGGUGCGGAUACACACUUGCUGCCGGGACCGUCGAGACAACCACAGACCAAUGCAACAUUCCUUGCGGUGGUUUGCCUACUGAGAUGUGCGGUUCACACAAUGGCAUGUCUCUAUAUUCAUCCCUGAGCUCAAUCGCUCCUCCAUAUGUUCCGCCUCCACCUCCAACGCCAAAGAUCCCUCAGAUGGCCGGUCCGUACACAUCUCUAGGUUGUGUUACCGAAGCAUCUAACUACCAGAGAGCCUUAACCAGCUUUGAAGUAGUGAACGCCAAUAUGACUAACGAUAUAUGUGCCACUGCUUGCGCCGGAUACACUUACUUUGGCACAGAGUACUCGAACGAAUGUAAGAAGUACCCGCGAUGUUCUUGA